AUGAAUUCUAAGGAACAAAAUUAUAUUCAUAUUAAUUAUGGAAAGGUAUAUCCAAAUGACUCUGGUGAUAAUAGAUUAUUAAAUUACUAAGAUGAUUAAAUUCCAAAAGAAGAAAUAGAGCCUAUCUAAUAUGGAAAAAUAGGAGUAAGAGAAAUGAUAUUUAAUUAGAAUGGUGACUAAAAAAUAAAAACGAGAUUAGUAGGAAAGAAGGAUUAUUUAAAUAAAUGGAUGAUUGAAAUCAAAUAACAUUAGGAGGCUAAAAAAACUUCAACAUUCAUUUUGGAGAAUAACAUAUAAAGGUUCAAAAAUAUUACUAUUAUAGUCAAUACUUAGGAAUGAUUUUACUUAGAAGACUAACUAGAUUUAUACUUCAAUUGAUUCUAAUUGGAAUAGGAAUUAUAUUAUUUGUAUGGGGAGAUUCUGUAACAGUGAAAAACACAUCUUGGUAGGCUGAAAAAGACACAGGUUUAAUAGAUAUAUAUGUUGGUAAUUGUUUUUUGAAUGUGAGUUAAUCAAAUGAUUUAUUAAAAGUAUAUUUGAAAGCAUAAUUUUUUAGUUUUUUGUUAAAGCAAAAGGAAGUGUGAUAUAAUAAAUAAAUGGAGCAAAUUAAUUUAUAAUUAAAGCAGAAAUAUUAGAAUCUGGAGUAGCUAAUUUAACUUUUUAUAAUCCAACAAAUGAUGUAAUCAUUAUUAAUUUUAUCUUAGUUAAGAAAAUGUAUUGUAGAUUUAUAAUUGCCAGUUAAUAUUGAUGAAUUCAAAUUUAUUUGUAGAUAUUAAUCAGAAUGUAUUCUGGCAUUUGGACUAUAAAAUUUUAAGGUGACUUAAAAAUUCAAUGCUAGUUCAGAGUCUUAAGCAAAGAUGUAAAUCAAUAUAAGAAACAUUGAAACAGAAAAUUUCAUAUACAAUUCAUCAUCAUCAGGAAAUUUAUUUGUGAAUAAUUUUUUAAUAAGCAAAGCAGAUAUAAGAUUGAAUUAAGGUGAUAUUUUUCUUUAAUCAACUAAACCAUAUUCCUUAAAUUUUUCAUCAUAAUCUCAAUCAAUUUGUGCAACCAGUUAGAAGAUAAUAUAAGAAAAUAUCAAUGAUUGUAAUUUAACAAAAAAUGAAUAAGGAAAUGUUGAUAAAGAAUGUACAGGUUUUUUAAGCUUAUGUUCAGCUAAUUCUUGUGAUAUAAAAUAAACAAUAAAUAUUAUAGCUAAUUCUAGUAAAAUUUAUGCAAACACAUUAUCAGAGAUUGGAAAACCUUUAAUCUAAAAUAUUUAUGAAGUAGAAGUAUUUAAAACAUCUCCUUUUGAUUCUGGGUAAUUAAAUUUUGAUUAAGAAUCCUUAUUCAAAAUAUAAAAUUUUGUAAACAAAAGUGGAUCAGAGAAUAUAGCUAUACGACUUGAUGUUGGUGGUCAUUACUUAUUGUAACAUUCUUUGAGUACUUUUUGGACUUAUUUUAGUAACCCAUCAUAUGCAGCAUUUUAGCCAUGGUGGUUAUCAGCCUUUUCUGGCACUUUUUUGAAUCCUUCUUUUGAACAUAUGUAUGUUCGUCUUGAAUCAGGAUUUUGCCCAUAAAAUGUUGCAAUGAAUGCAGAAUAAAUUCUUGAAAUUUCAGAUUUGAUUAAGAGAACCUUUAAUACAACAUAUGGAAAGGCUAUUCUUAUUUAGAAAGAUAAUGAUAUGAUGGAAGAUGAUGUAUUGAAUCUAAAUAUUAAUUAUUAUGGUUUCAAUCCAUUAGAAUAAAAAUAAAAAGGAUAAUUUGAAAAAUGGUCAACUAUUGAAAAUAUUGCUGAUAAUAUUAUUUUUUAACCUUUGGAAUAUGAUCCAUUUUUUAUUGCAGCAAUAACAUUGUCUUUAUUCUCCUCUUUAAUUUUUGGAGUGUUUUGUACUUAUUUCCUAUAUAUGUAUUAAAAGGAUUAGAAGCUUUUACUUUGGAAUCUUGCACAUAAAUUUCAAAUUAUAAUGAGACAGCAUAAUAAAAAAAAAGUAAUUUAACAGAAACAAUAAAAUAAAUGAUUAAGAAAUUAAAUUAGAUUGGUUCAUAAAAGGAUCCUCCAAUUCUAUUGGGAGUAUUAUCAUAUAUAUUUUAUUUUUUGUGCUAAUCAUAACUUAAGAGUGCCCCAAAAUUAUUUUUUAAUACUUUAUUUACAAAAAGUAAAAUAAAAAUUAAAAAUUUUGAAUUUAUUUUUCAAACUUUCAUUAUUAAAAUCAAGUCUUAAACAUUUAUAAAAACUAAUAUAUAAUCUGUAGUUAUUACGAUGAUAGCAUUGAUGAAGAGGAGAUUAAUGAACAAUAUGAAUAAUUUUGUUAUCUUAACAAACUUACAAUUGAGCCAUUAUCAUAAUAAAUAGAAUUAUUAAAAUAAUAUGGUUAUGAAUUUGUAGAAAAAUAAGAUGUACUCAUUUUGUCUAAAAUAAAAAUGAAUCCAAAUCCUAAAUCCUUAGAUUCAAUAAGUUAUGAAGAAAAGACAUCUAAAAAUUCCAUUGAGCUAUUCAUUUCCACUUAAUGCUUACUAACUGGAAUUCCAGCAGAUGUAAUUAGAUCAGAUAAACUUGAAAAGGCUUAUGUUGAUUUCUGUGGUAAGACUUUAACAAUUUUAGAAUUUAAUGCUAAAGUAAUUUCAGAUAAUUACAAUCUAUCUAUUUCAGAUCUUAAAGCAUUUGAACUUAAUUAAGUAAUAGUACCAAAUUCAUAAAGAUAUUCAAGGGUUUUUAGGCUGCUUCGUAAAUUUGCAAAAUUCAUCCCUCUUAUUGAUGAUAAUUAUUUUGGAUAAUCAAUAUUUAAAAUAAAAAAAGACUCAAAAAUAAAUUAAUGUUAACAAAAUCCGAUUGAAUCAUUAAGAAAGAUAGUAAAUUAGGAUCUUAAUUAUAAUAUGUUCAUUCAAAGUUUGAUAUUUAAUUAUCAUGAAAGAUUCUGGAAUAGAAAUUAUAAAUAUUAAGGAAGUAAUUCUGGAUUAAUUUUAAGUGACUUAUUUGAGGUUCUUUAUAUAGAAGACUGGGUUUUAUCAGAUUUAUUUAUCAUUUUUUGUAAUCUUUUAGUUACAAUGCUUACUAUAAUUCCGAUGCUUUUUUUUAUUGUCUUAGUUAAUGCAUCUUAUUCACCGUUUUCAAUUUAUAACCCCAAUACCUUAUUAUUUAUGGAUGAUGUAUUAUAUAGACCUUGGUUAAUUAUUGGUUAUUUUGGAAAUGCAGAUGAUUGGGUUCUAGCAUUAGGCAUUCUAUUAACAUAUUAUGCAAUCAUUUCAUUUAUAUUCUAGAGUGUGAAAUAUUUAUCAUCUUAAUUUCCAGAAGAAGUUGGUUUCAUUUAAGAAUUUAAGUUGUACUAAAAUAAUGUAUUAAAAUAUUUUAAUUUAUUUUAAUGGCUACAAUUUUUAUUAUUAGCUUUCAGUUCAUUCAUAUAUUUUGGAUUAAUAAUUGUAUGGUUACUUUUAGGUGCAAUAAUAAACCCUAAUUUAUAUUUGGUUUACUCAUCUUCUGCUUUAUCUCUUGUGGCAUUUAUUGCUGUUUAAAUAUCUUCAAUUAAAUCAAUUUAUGAAUAAGUAUGUGGUGAAAUUAAAAAAAUAGUGAAUGAAAUUUUUUUGAGAACUUUUGGAAAUUUUGCAGGAUCUCUAAUCAAAGAAAUUUAAAUAGUAUCAGAUCUAUCUAUUACAAUUAUUAAUUCAAAAAAUAUGAAUGAAGCUAAAUAAGCAGCUAAAAAUCUUGGUUUUUAAGAAGAACUGAAUGAACUUUGUAUUUUAACUUAAGGAAUGCUAGAUUAUGCUUAUUCUGCUGAUUUAAACUAGGAUUAAAUAAAUUUUAAAUAAAUUAAGGAAAAAUUUCUUUAAAAAGCUUAAGAAAAAUUUAUUAAUAUUUCUAAGGACUAAUUUGAAAUUCCUUAAAUUGUAGCGGAAUUAUUAGUCAAAGUUCAUUUUAGCAAUUUUGACCAAAUCAUUAAUCCAUUAGCAAACUAGAUAUAAAUAGAAAGCUAAAAUAAAAUACCAGCAUCUAUUAUUAAAUGGGUUUAUUAGACAUCUGUUAAAUUAAAUAAUCUCUUAACAACAAAUAAAGACUAAGAAAAGUAUGAAUUACUGAAUCAUUGGCAAACUAUUAGUGAGGCUUUAGUUGAUUUUAUGACUCAAAAAAUAAAAAAUGAAGAUAAAUAAGGAAUCUAAUUAAUAUAUCAAAUUUUAUUGAAAAUAAUUUUUAAUUUGUUGAUGAAUAGCUCAUCUUAAAGCACAUAUUUACAAAUUAAAUAUUUAUUCGAAAAUCUCAAGGAUUUUAUUACAAUAUCUCCAACUCCCUUGAAAGUGUUAGAAUUAAUUUUUUCAUAUGCGUAAUCAUUAAACGACAACAAUAAUACCCAUAAAUUAAAAUAAGAGUUAAUAACAAAAUUACUAUCUUUAUUUAAUAUAGAUAAUGAUUUAGGAUCUGUAUAUAAAAUAUUAUUUUAAAAAAAACAAUCAUUAUUUAUAGAUAAAGAUAUCUAACUAAAUGCCACUUAAUAAUCUGAAAUUAUAAUGAGAUUAUGUGAUAAAUAUUUUCUUAAAGAUAACAAAGAUUAAAUACUUAAAAUGAAAUUUGAAACUUUUGUUAUUUUUAUUAUGAAACUCUUAUAAAAUGACAAACCACCACUUGCUGUUUUAGUGAAAUUAUUUUAAUUAAUUAACUCAGAAAAGAACGAUAAUAAUCAAGAAUAUUUUGAGAAAUUAUUAGAUUAAUAUUAAGAACAAUUAUAUUUAGGAUUUUCAAGCUUUUAAUUAGGUAUAAAGGAUUGGUACCAAGUCAUGAAUAUCAAUCUAUAAGAUAAAUCUAGGGAAAUUUUAUUUGAUAUUUUAUAUGUCUCAAGCAGAUUUUUAUGGUCUUCAAAAAUUUUAGAGAGACAGAAUUUUAAAAAAUAAUCACCUGAAUAUGAGAAUGUAAUUUAGAGAAAAAAAAAUAUAUAAGCAUCUGAAACACUUUCUAGAAAAGAUAAAUUAAAAGAUAGAGGAAUAAUUAAACUAAUGUCUUAAGCAUUCUAAAUUUCAGAAAAUGCUGUAAUUGGACUAAUUUUAAUUUUAAAAAAUGAUAUCCAAACUACGAUAUAUCAUGAUGCCAUUUAUAAUGAAUUAUUUAAAAUAGCAUAAACAUAAACAUUCAAUACCAAAGUUACAAUUGUUAAUUUUAUUUUUUAACUGUUAUCAAAAACUAAUUUUGAAGAAAUUUUGCCAUUCUUAAAAUAAGUUUAAAAUAAAUUAUUAAUCAACAAACUAUUAAAAAUUAUAUUUUCAUCAUAAGCAAUGUUUAAGCUUUUUAAUGGAUUUAUGAUUAUAGAAAAUAUAUUUAAUGAGUAUAAUAGACAAAUGAUUGACAAAGAAGAAAUAAAAAUAUAUCUUGCUAUGGCAAAAUUAUAAUUGUUUGGCUAAGAAUUUUUAUUUUAAAUGGAAAAUGAUUCGGAGUUUAGAGGAACAGUUGAAAAAAUUUGGAAUGAUAGAAAUCUUUAAAUUGAAAUAAAUCAAUAACUUGAUGAAAGUGAAGAUUAAUUAGUUAACUAUUAUAAAACAGAAAAUAUUACAUUUUUUACUUUCUUAAUGUAGACUUAAAGGGAUAAAAAAUCAAAAUAAUUUAAGCUAGAUUUCUUAUAAUAGUUAUCUAAAUAAGUUGGUCUUCACUUAGACUAUAUAUUUAUGAUUUUAGAAUAAUAGUAAUGUAUUUUAUCUAAUACUACAUUGUCUUUUCCUUAACUCAAUGGACUUAAUUAAGAAGCUUUCAAAAAUUUAUUAAUUUUUAUAUCUUUUUAAGAUGCCAUCAGUGUAUAACAAUCACUUUAGUAUUUUAUUAAGUUUAAUUCCUUUGAAUAUGAAAGCAUUGAUAUAAGCAAGAUUUAGAUAGAACUUUAAAAAAUAAUAGAUAUUGAAAAAAAUAUCAUAUCCUUUUAAACCCAAAAUAAAAUAAACUAUAUAAAUUAAAAAUUAUAAAAUUUAGUUGUCAAUAAAAUAUUUUAAACAAGGCAACCAGUUAAUAAUUCAUUUUUAGGCCACCUAUUUUAGCAUAUAAAAUAUGAAUUAAAUGAUAACUUAACUAUAUGCUAAGUUUAGCGGAAGAAGAUGGAAUUUGCUCCAACUGUUUCAUCUUAAAAUUCAAAUGACAUUAAAAUUUUUUUAGCUUAAAUUCAAUUAUGUGAAUAUUUUUUUUAAAUGAUGUUUAAUGAAAAUGCAGAAAUCAAAAAAUAAGCAGUUAGGAAUGUUUUAAAAUUAGAUCGUCGAAUAUCUAGUUAUAAAUUACGGCAUAUUUCCGAUUUUAUGGCUGAUAUAAUUGAUGGAAAUUAUAUCAGACUUCUUUUUCAUUUCCUUGAUAUUUGUAAUGGCUAUUUCCUAAAUAGGACUCGCUAUUACAAAUUUUUCAGAAAAGUAAUAGAUAUUAUUAAUGGUUUUAAAAUUAAAACAAAGAAGUAUUUUGAUUAUAUGUAUUUGGAAAAUGGAAAGUUAUAUGAUGCAUUUUAAUAAUUAAAAUACACUCUAAGCUUGAAUUUAGAUUGUUUCUUAAUGAUCUUACAAGAGGAGGAAGUUAAUUGUAAUGUUAGAUAUAUUAAAGGGUUAUUUAGUUUGAUGACAUCAAAUUUAGAUUACGAUAUAUUAGUGAAUGUUUUUAAUUUUGAAGAGUAAACUUUAAAAUUUGCUUAGUUCCUAGUAUCUGCAAUAUUUUCUGAAAAUAAAUUAAAACUACUGUAAGAUCCAUAAAACCUUGAUUUCAUCAAAACAGAACUUUAAUUAUAAGAAGUAUCCCCAAUAAUUAGUUUAGUAGAAGUUCUUGAGACAAAUUCUAUGGACGCUGAAUCAUUUAUCAUUAAGUUAAGAAUAUAAUAAAAUCCAAGUUUAUCUAAAUUAUUUAAAGUUUUAUUUGCUUUUAAAAGAUAGCUGGUUUUUAAAGAAUCUUUGAAAGAAUUGUAAUUAAAUUUUAACUCUUUAUAAGAUUAAAGAUUUGAAAUUUUUAAAUAAGGUAAUGAAAACUUUAGGUUUUAAUAAAAUUAAUAGAAUGAUAUUGAAUUAACAAAAGUGCUUGAGAUUUUACAUUGGUUCUCACAUCCUAGACCAAUAAAUUUCAUAUUUUUACUAGAUAGAAUAUAAUUACUUGAUUAAUAUGAACCAGCUGCUAUAUUUACAGCUGCUAUUGUAGGAAUAGCCAAAUAUGAUUAAUAUAAUUAGUAUUAAACACAACCACCAGAAUAUAUAAAAUAUAGGUCAGAUAAUAUAUAAAAGUUAAGUAACAAAUCAGUUGAAAAAGCAGUAUUAUUUAUUACUCAAACUAGUGAUUAAGAUGUUUAAGAAGCCUUUAACCUUUUUUAAUUAGCAACUGGUAUUAAUCCACUUUUGGUUAACGCAAUUUUUAAUGACAAUCAAAACUCAAAUCGAUCCUUAUAAUAAAUUUUUUAAUCUGUUAACAUAAAUAAUUAAAAAAUAAUCUUAGAAUUUUUGUAAAAUUUUAAUACAUUUCAUUAUGAUGUUAUAACUCUUAUUAAAAUUAUAGAAUUCGAAGCAGUCAAGAAUUCAAAACAUCCAAAAUUUAAUAAUGAAAUAGUUAAUGAUUUACUAAAUUCUCUUGGAUUAGAUAUAAAUAAAUUCAUUACCAUUGAAAAUUUUUUGAAGUCUUAAGCUAAAGGAAAAGUUUCAAACUAUUUCCCAUUUUCAUCAUUAGUUCUUAUUUUUUCAUUGAAAUAAAUGAGAUAAAUAAAAUAAUAAAAAGAUAAUGCAUUGGCAAAAUAUCUUAAAGGUUAAUUUUGCAUUAAUAUAGCAUUUACGGUAUUUGAAAAAUAUUUGUAUUUUUAUGAUAAUAAAAAUCUUAUUAAUUUGAAUAAACCUGCUAUGGUAAAAUUGAUAAGUUUAGGCAUAUUUGAUACUACUAAUUUGAGAUCUUCUGAAUAUGAAAUUGAUUAUGUAAAAUUAGAAGGGUUAUUAUAUCCUGGAAUUAGCGAUCCUUUAUUAGAAAUAAAUGGUAUUAAGCCUAAUUAUAUUUGUUAAAAAACUAAUAAUUUAAGUGAUCUCUCAAAGAACUUUAAUGAUUAAUAUGAUGAAUAUUGCAAAGUUUUUUAUAGGAUAUUACCAUAAAAUAAUGAAUAAAUAGAGAAUAGAUUAGAAUUUGAGGAUUAUAAUAAAUUUUGGACAUCAUUAUUUUUAAACAAUUUUAAUUAUCCUUAGUAAAUUUCUAGGAUUUACUUUAAUAGUUUAUCAAAUGAAAGCAAUCAAAAGAAUUACUUUGAUGAAAUAAUAAAAAAAUUCCCAAAAGAGUUAUCGAAAUUAUAACUAUAAUAUUCAUUAAUUUUUAAUUUAAUUUAAUUAAAUUUAUCACAAUAUGGAUACAUUAGAUCAAAGUAUUGGGAUAAAUCCUUAUAAUUAAUUAAAAGAUAAAUAUUUAAGCAAAGUGAAAUUGAACUAUUAGAAAAUGAAUAAAUUUAAUAAAUUAUGAUUUAAUUAAUGUAGUAUUAUAUAGGGCAAUUUACAGUUUCCAUAAAUGAAAGAAACAACAUAGAAAACUUAUAAUAAUAAAAAUAAAACUUCAAAGAAACAGAAUUAAAACUAAUUUAGGCAAUUUUAUGCUUAAAAUAAUAGUAAAGUAUUAAAUCGAAAUUUAGAGGAUCAAAACAAAAAUUUCCUGUUGAUUUAAUUUAAUUAAUUGAUAAUAUUUUAGGGUUAACAUUACAUAAGAGUGAAUAAAAAGCAUAUAGAUCAUUAAUAAAUUUACUUUAUAAUCCAAAUGAUAUAUUGGAUGAAUAGUUUAAUUAUAAAUAAUGGGGAAAUAAAAAUAUAAUAAUGAAUGCAGUAAUGAUGAUAUUAGUGAAAGUAUAACUAGAAAACAAGAGACCAUUAUAAAACUUCUCAGUAAUAGCUAGGGAGAAUUCCAAAAUGCUAUUUAUACUAUUCUUUAGGAAACUAAGAUGAAAAUUUGUAUUAAAACGAUAUUUAAAUGUAUAAAUAAAAUAGCAAUCUCUUAAGUUUAGGAAUAGAUGAAUUGCUUAAGGAUUACAAAUUAAUAUCUACAUUUACUAGAUAUCAAAUAAAAGUAAUGAUAAGAUGUUUCUUAGGUGAUGUUGAAGCUUGGUAUACAUUUAUUGCACUUCUUAGACAUUAAGAAAAUUUAGAAACGGACUUACUAUCAGAGAGUCUUAUAAGAACUUUUAUAUUAGAAAUAUUGUUAUUUUUUAAAAAUUGUGGUUUUAGAAAUGCUUUAAUUAAUAAAGAUUAAAUAGAGAAAUAAUCUUUAUAAUAAAUAUUAAAAUUACACACUAAAUAAAAUUUAAGUGAAAUUAUAGAAUAUGCACUAAUUAAUACUUUUAUAAAACAUUAGUUAGUACCACCAGAAAAAAGCAUAUGUUAAAUUAUAGAAUUUAUAAGUUUAUUAUUUGAAGGAAAAACAGAAGUACUAUAUAGCGAAAAUAGUUUAUCUUUAGAGAUACUUAUAAAACUAUUUAAUAUAGAUUUAUAAGAGGACUAAGAAUUAAUAAGUUUAAUCAAACUUAUAAUAGAAUUGCUAUUUAAAGGUGAUUAAUUAAAUUCAAAUAUCUAAUAAUUUGUAAGUUAGAUUAAAUUUUUACAAGAUGAAAAGUAUAAGGGUGCAUUAGAAUUAUUUUAGGAUAUUAUUGAAAUAAAAAAGGCUGAAAAUGUUAAUGUUUUUAUUGUAAAGUCAUAUUAAAUUCUAGAAAGACUAAACUUAGUAAAUUUUUAUAAAUAUUCAAAUCUUUUCGUAUCUUUUAGUUUAAUUAUACAUAUUCCUUAUUUUCCUAUAAACGAAAUAGAUGAAAUAACAAUAAUGAAUGUUUUGUUGUAUCCAAUUAUAUGGUUAGGGUCAACUUUAGAAAACCCUAAAGAACCAUUUACCAAAUUUUCUGAAUUCUCUAAAACAUUUAUGUAAAAUAUUACUCCAAAACACUUUAAGUAAAUUUUAAGUAUAUUGUGUGAUUUAAAUAAUUAAGAGAUUAACAUACAAUCUGAUUUAUCAAAAAAAAAAGUGAACUUUUACCUGAAAUCAUUUAAAGCUUGGUGUUUACAAAAUUAGGAGAGUGAUCUAUUAUAAAUGUUGUAAUUUAUUAGAGAUAAGGUUUUUGAUAUUUCAUAAUUUCCAGCCUCUUUACAAAUUAUUAUUUAAGCUUUAAUUGAAUAAUUAUAUGAUAAUGAAAAUAAUGAAAGUCCAUUUUAAACCCUUUCGAAAAAAUUUAUAGUUGAAAUUACAAAGAAUGAGACUUUAAAAUAUGAUAAAUAAGUAAUUGAAGCUAUUUUCUUUACUUUACAAGAUAUAUAGAAUUCAGAAGAUAUUUUAAGUGAAAAAUUUAUAUUAACCAUCUCUAAUUUACUUUCAAAUUAUCCAGAAAUAAAGAAAAUUGUUGAAAUAAUAGUUUCAUUUUAUUAAACUAAAAAAAUUGAUACUCUAAAAUUUUUAUCUCAUUCAAUUUUAUAAUAAUGUUUUGAAAAUAAAUAAUUAGAAGGAUUAAAGCUUGAAAAUAUUCCUUUUGAAUAAUUACAUUAAAUGGCUUUAAAUGUAUAAAAAAUGAUUAAGUAUAUUGAUGAAUCAAAAGAAGUAAAUGAAAAGGAAUUCUUGACAGCAAUAAAAUCAGUCUUAGAACCUAUUUUUGGAGAAAAAUAGAAAAUUAAUUUAUAAAUUUUAAUCAAAUGUUCUGAAUCAAUUUUUGCACUCAAAAAAAAGUAAUUCAAUAAGAUUUCACAAGAAUUCUUUUAAAUUAUGAAAAUAUCUUUGUCAAAUAGUUAGUUUUUUAUUCGUUUAAUGUAAGAUUUUGAAAUAAGUUUGCAAACACCUUAAUAAUUAAUUGAAGAGAAAAUGGCUUCAUUAGCAGAUCCAGAUACAAUGAGAACCAUUUAAUACAUGAGUUCAGUUAUGCUAAAAUUAAAUGAUAAUCAAGAAUUAAAAUAUGAAGAUAUGUUUAGAAUUUUGGAUAAAAACAGUUAAAGAUAAGUAUAAGCUAAUGAUGUUAUCUAAUUUUUAAGAAGAGUAAAUAUAGAAAUUACAGAACAUAAAUUUAGAGAAGUGCUGGUAAUAAUUAAAGGAUAAUAAGUUAACAUGAAAAAUUGCAUGAUUGAUUUUUAUGAAUUUAAAGAAAUCAUGCAAGAAAUUUCUAUUUAAACUAUGUUUCUAAGUUUAGAAUAUUUAGGUAUUUCAAAACCCUUAUUAAUCAAAGGACUAAUUAUUUUAGUAAUUUAUUUAGUAAUUGUUAUUGCAUUUAUCCUUAUUGGAGUUAAAGCAUUGCUAUUCCAGGUACUUUUGCUGCAAUAAUCAAUGCUAUAUUACCUAUGAUAGGAGGAUUAGGAUUGAAUAAAUAUUCUGCUGAAAAAAAAUUAAAAUCAGUUCAAUUAACAUACAUUAUUGAAGUUGUCAAAAAAGCUAUUAAAGUUAUAUAAGCAAGAAAAAUUUGA